GACACGAACCCGAGGCCUGCGGGACAGACUGACGUGGGAUUGCAACGCAGAAGUCACACCGCGGGGAUGGCGUUGGCGCGGGCCUGGAAGCAGAUGUCCUGGUUCUACUACCAAUACCUGCUGGUGACGGCGCUCUACAUGCUGGAGCCCUGGGAGCGGACUGUGUUCAAUUCCAUGCUGGUCUCCAUCGUGGGGAUGGCACUGUACACAGGAUACGUCUUCAUGCCUCAGCACAUCAUGGCCAUAUUGCACUACUUUGAAAUUGUACAAUGACCAAGGGGAGACCGGAAGCGAGAGGUUCCCUAGGGAAGAACCAUCCUCUGAAGUUGGAACGAGACUUCUUCAGAUGUCAGAAGAAACUCGACUAGAUGUCAGUGUGACCAACCUUAUGAAUAUAAAGACUAAAAUUCAUGAGUAGAACAGGAAAAUAAUCCUGACUCAUGUGUUGUGUUCUUUAUUUUUAAUUUUAAAAGAGGCUCUUGUAUAGUAGUUUUUGUCUAUUUUAACAUUGUAGUUAUUUGUAAUUUGAUAUCAGUAUUUUCUUAACCUUUGUGACUUUAAAUAUUACCCUGUGAAAGCUUUUCUUAAUGUAACUUUGGGUACAUUUUAAAUUGCCUUCUAUUUCUAAAACCCAAAGUCAUUAGUUGGGCUUUACUGUUCUUGCUAUUGUAUGGCAUAUACAUCUGCCUGGAUAUAUUUCUACUCUUGGCCAAAGUUUUGUAAGAACUGGGGCAGGGGGUGGGGAGGGAGGGUAUUUUAUUGAGAACUAUUUACAAAAGACUUAUCUGUAAGUUUGAACUCAGGAGUACAGUUUUAGCUCUCUAGACUCUAUAACAGCUUCUGCUUUAAAACUACUAAAGCGUUUCUUAACAAUGAAAAAAUAAGAUCUUGCUAAAGUAAAAAAUAAGGAACAUUUCAUCUUUUAAAUAUUAAUUAUUAUGUGGACUCAUUUCCAGAAAACUUGGGGGUUAUUAUUGUGACAACAGGCGGUUAAGUAGCAUUAUUGUGUAAUGCUUACAUACCAUGAAGUUUUUAAUAGACAGUAAAUCAGUUUCCUCUGAGAGUCAUUACUUACAAGUACUUCUUUAAGUUUAAUUUCUGAUUGUAAUGGGUGCUGUAAGUGCAUUUGAACAUUGCAAUAAAAUGUGAUGAGAUGAAUUGUUAAAAGCUAUAUCAAAAAGAAAGGUAAACUUGGUUAAAAUCCUUUCUUUCACUAUUUGUAUUAUUUUUUUUUAAAAAAAACUUUUAUUCCUUAAAUGUAAAAUGAUUAAUUUUUUGAUGCAAACUCAUUAAAUUCAAAGAGAAAAAUCA